AUGACAUGGUUGCAGUGUCAAAAUGCCUCUUACGCCCUCGUCGAACAACAUGCCAAUCUUUAUAGACAAUGCAACGAUAUGACGGAAGGUUAUCGACGCAAUGCCUCUCGUAGUCAUCAGCUGUAUGCGUCGUCCUGCUAUUGGUUCAUCAUAGAUCCGUCUGAAAAAUGGAGAUUGUUCCACUCAGAUUGGGGAAUCGAUAUUUUCAACAUCAUGUGUGCUGUGGCUGCAAUCAUGACAGAGCUUGUUUCGGUCUAUAAGAGCUUGCGCAUAGCUAAGCCGCACGAAGUGUCACGUCUCCUGGCUGCCACCGUCAUACUGUACGCAAUCCCCAUAAUUAUCACAAUGUACAUCAUACAUAUGACCAAUAUACGCGCACCGCUCACUGAGGCUCAAGCCAUGUACUGCUGCGAAGUCGGAUGGAGCCUGAUGUGCGCAUGCAUUGCGGUCAUCCUAACCGGUAUUGGCUCCUAUAUUUAUCUCAUGGAGCAUCGCUUCAUACGCGAACGACAGCUGAGUCAGAUGCGAAGGAAGCAGAUUCAUAACGCAAUCAUGUCAUCUUGUCGAGAGGAAGUCGCAAUGGCUAUUCGAGCAAGGAUGACAGUAUUAUAA